UAAAUUAUUUAUAUAUAUAUAUAUUUUAAAUAAUUCAUCGCCCUUACGUCAUUAUUUUAUUUUGGCGCAGUUUUCUUUCAGUUAAAAGCUAGCUAGUUCAAACAAACAAAACUAUUAAUUUAACGCUAGUCGUGGUUUGCUAGCUUGCUAGUUAGCUAGCUAGCUAGCUAGCUAACUAGCUUAGCAACUUAACCAGUGCUAGUGGUUAGAGUGGUGGGCAGCUGCAGUUAGCACGCUUGCUAGCCGAACCAUUCACGUUUUGUAUGUAAACACCAGUGGCGAGAUUUCAACAUCGAAGGCGAAGAGGUUUUCAUUGAAGAAGGAGCUCUAAGAAGCUCUGGAUGCGCGGGUGAUCAUGCGAGUGCCUGGUCCCCAUUCGUGCGCUCGCUGACCCCUCACGUUUGGACCCUUUGAGCGGUCUCUGCGAUGCAGCCAUGAGUUCGGUGCUGUGGAGUCAGGAGAAGGGGGCGGGCAGCCCGCGGGAUGACUGGCGCUUCUUCAUGCUGCUGAAGGAGUGCGUGGUGGAGAAGGCGGCGCAGAAGGUGGUCCGUGUGCCGCGUGGCAGCCUGGGUCAAGUCUGCCCCGAGCGCACCACCCUGGGCCGCCCGCUGCCCCCCACCAAGGGCAAGCGCAGCCUGCGAAUUCUGGAUCAGAGCAACGUGGUGGCGAGCGUAGAUGAGCGCGACGCGCUGGAGCUGGACGAGGCGCUGGCUGAGCUUCUCUUCCCCAUCACCAACUGCGAGGAGCGCUACGGGCUGCUGUGCGACACAGCGCGUCUCCAACGGGCUCGCGCCAUCCGCUGCGGCUCCAGGGUGCGAGUGCAGCUUCGCUCAGGUGACCCGCCGUUACCCGGCGUCGUCAGGUUCAAAGGAGCUCUGCUGCCUGACCGCGCCCUGUCAGGGAUCUGGUUCGGUGUCGAGCUGCUGGAGGAGGGGCGUGGUCAGGGUUUUACCGAGGGCUCGUAUCAGGGCCAGCAGCUGUUCCGCUGUGAGGAUGAGUGCGGCGUCUUCGUUGCUCUUGAUAAACUGGAGCUCUGGGAGGACGAGGAGCUGGAGGUGGAUCACCUGAGCCUGGUGGACAACGAGCCGGACGUGGAAAGAGAUUUCCCUCCUCUGGAGCUCAACUCUCGUGUCCUGGUGCAAACACACGAGGGCCCUGAACGUGGCACAGUCAUCUUCUGCGACCUUUUACCUGGCAACGAGACCCUCGGCUAUUACGUCGGUGUCGAUAUGGACAAUCCCAUCGGAGACUGGGACGGCGUGAUCGACGGGAAACUGCUGUGUAAUUUCGCCAGCCUUGAGCACACCCGUCUUGUUCCCAUCGGUGAUGUCAUGCCAGAGUACUCCAUGCAGGACCCGAGGCUGUCCAAAGCCAGCUUUAGUGAGAGGAGGAGCAGUGAGAAGUCUGGCAGUCAGAGCAAACCAAAGAGCAAAGGAUUGGCUCUGCAGGCUGCCAGCAGAAGCAAGUCUGAGUUUUAUUAUACACUAAACGGCAGCUCUGUGGAUCACCCGAGCCAGUCCAAAUCCAAAAGCACGUGGUACAUAGACGAAGUGGGUGAAGACCCAGCCAAGUCCCUGACGGAAACGCCCCCCGACUUCAACCAGGCCUCGCCACCUCCCCGAGCACCGCCCACCGCCCCCUCACUGUCCAGCGACAACAAAUUCCACUCGCUGCCCUUUAGCCUGAGUCGCAAGAGUGGCCCCAAUGGGAGCAUGAGCCAUGGGCCGCUCUCGCUAUCCGUCCAGUCGGUGAUGGGAGAACAGCAGGAGGCUCCGCCCCCUCCGACAGCUCCCUCUCCGAGGCCACCGUCGCCUAAAGGUCAGCCGGGGUUAGAGGUCGGGUCACUGGUGGAGGUGAAGGAGAAUCCGCCCCUGUGUGGGGUGAUACGCUGGGUGGGCCUGCCCCCUGGACUACUGGAGCCUCUCGCAGGGCUGGAGCUGGAAGAGGAGUGUGUAGGAUGCACUGAUGGUACUUUUAAAGGCACACGCUACUUUACCUGUCCUCCAAAGAAAGCUUUGUUUGUGAAACUGAAAUGCUGCCGACCAGAUUCUCGAUUCCCUUCACAACAUCAUUCACCCAAUCCAAUCGAACGCUGUAAUUCUAUAGCGUUUGGUGGUUACCUGAGUGAGGUGGUGAAUGAGAACACUCCUCCUCGUACAGAGAGUGAUGGCCUGGACGUGAUGGUUGGGAAGAAGAAAGGCAUUCAAGGCCAUUACAACUCCUGUUACUUAGACUCAACACUCUUCUGUCUGUUCUCGUUUAGCUCGGUGUUGGACACGGUGUUACUGAGGCCCAAGUCUAAGACUGAUGUCGAGUACUACCUGGAGACACAGGAGCUUUUACGCACUGAGAUAGUCAACCCACUGCGGAUUCAUGGUUACGUCUGCGCAACUAAGAUCAUGAAGUUGCGGAGAAUUCUAGAAAAGGUGGAGGCUGCGUCAGGAUUCACGUCUGAAGAGAAAGAUCCUGAAGAGUUUCUCAACAUCCUGUUUCACCACAUCCUGAGGGUCGACCCUCUGCUUAGGCUACGCUCUGCUGGCCAGAAAGUUCAGGACUGUUACUUCUACCAGAUCUUCAUGGAUAAGAAGGAUAAAGUGCUCGUGCCGACUAGCCAACAACUGCUGGAGUGGUCCUUCAUCAACAGUGACCUCAAAUUUGCUGAGGCUCCCUCUUGUCUCAUCAUCCAGAUGCCUCGCUUUGGGAAGGACUUUAAGAUGUAUAAUAAGAUUUUCCCGUCUCUGGAGCUGGACAUUACAGAUCUUCUGGAAGACACACCCAGAGAGUGCCGUAUCUGUGGUGGUUUAGCUCUGUACGAGUGCAGGGAGUGUUACGAAGAUUCCGACAUCACAGCGGGAAAGAUCAAGCAGUUCUGUGAAAAGUGCAAUAUACAGGUGCAUCUGCACCCACGGCGUAAGAGUCAUCGGUACAGUAAGCUCUCAUUACCUAAAGAGCUGCAGGAGGGCACGUGGAGACAGGCUUCGUUCCCCCACCAGCAGAUGGAGCUGUUUGCCGUGCUCUGCAUCGAGACCAGCCACUAUGUGGCCUUUGUUAAGUACGGCUCAGCCCCGUCCUCCUGGCUCUUCUUCGACAGCAUGGCCGACCGAGACGGUGGUCAGAACGGUUUCAACAUCCCGCAGGUGUCCCCGUGUCCUGAAGUGGGAGCGUACCUGAAAAUGACUCCUGAAGAACUCCAUGCCCUCGACCCUAAAAACAUCCAGGGCUACGCGCGCCGUCUGCUCUGCGACGCUUACAUGUGCAUGUACCAGAGCCCUACCAUGAGCCUGUAUAAAUAAAUAAAAAAAAAUGGAGAGAGAGAGGAAAGAGGGAUGAAGAGACAACAAGAGAAACCCAGACGGAGAAGGACUUCAAAACUGAGACCGAAACUGACGUUGGGACGCAGAAGGACUUCAGCGCACAGAACCAACACUCCCUAACUGUUAGUUACUCCUGACUGUGUGUGUGUGUGUGUGUGUGUGUAUAGUCGAGGAUGAGGAAAAGGUGAAAAAGCUGAUUUGCACUGUUUUUGUGUGUGGUUUUGUUUGUGUGUGUGUGUGUGUGUGUGUGUGUGUGUAUCAGAGUAUAUCGUUAAUGUUUGGAACGAACAGUAACCCGACACAGUGUCCUCCUUUCUUUCUUUUUUUUUGUCACUCCAGUACAGCAGGAAGGAAGUGCUGUAACUCAUACUGAUCUCAAACAUCACCACACGCUCCGUACUUAUUCUUAAUAAAUCCAUCUAUAAAACACAUCCAUCGCACGCUCGACUCCACUUUAUGAUCUGCCGCGUCUCCGGCUUCCGUUUUCCGGCUUCCUCUGUAUUUUGCUGUGACCUUUUGUGUCUCGUGAAUCAACCUACAGCGUAAAAAUGACCUGAACGCGAAAAGGAAGGCUUUUCUGUACCUUCAGCUGUGUGUGUGUGUGAGAGAGAGGGAGAGAGAGACUGUUCCUGAAGCACACAAGUAUUAUUAUUAUUAAAAUCAUAAUUGAGUAAAGUUUUGUACAUUCUGUAUGAGUGAAAGCAGGAAUCUGGGCUGUAGCUGUGUGUGGUGGCGCUGAACACGAUGCUAUUAGAAUAGCAGCUAAAAGUUCAUCAGUGUACAUGGUGUGAGAUUUCAUGCCAAAGUUGAUUAUUUUCCAAUAACAGCAGCGUUUUAUUACACUUGCACCUCACCAACGAUUACAAUUUUUCCAUUGUUAAAGAACAUCGUCACUUUUUUAAUCCGUUUAACGUUGCAUUUAAUGGUGUGGAACAUCCACAAAGCAAAUUAGUUCCUGUUAUCACUCGCAUUAUGGCAGCAUCAGUCUCUCUCAUGCUCCGUCUUUCUCUCCAUCCGUCUCCCUUUCUGUCGCUCCGCAUUUCUCCAUCUCUCUCACUGUUUUUCUCUCCAUCCCACUCUUCCUCCCUUUUUCUCUUCCCAUUUUUCUCUCUUUCUCAGUCUCUCCAUUUCUCCCGCUUUCUCCAUUUCUGUCUCUCCCCCCUUCCUCUUUCUCUCUCUCUCUCUCUCUCUCUCUCCAUCUUUAUCCAUCUCUCUCCAUUUCUCCCUGUAUCUCUUCCCCUCUCCCUUUCUUCAUCUCUUUCUCCAUCUUUCUCUUACAGAGCUCAUCCUGUACACUGCAACAAAAUGACAUCUUGAAUAUAGUCACAUUUUGUUUUGUAUUUCCUCCGUAUUAAGUUUACAAUCACCGAGUGUAAGAUAUUAGUUAUUUUAGUUUUUUUAAACUAAUUUCAAGCUUAAAAUCAAUUUUCUUAUUCUGUAGAAUUUUAAAUGUAAAAAUUAUCCGCCAACACAUGAAUAUUUAAAGCUUGAACUUGGUAAAAAAAAAAGUUGAUAAAUGUCUAAUAUUCUUAUAUUUGCUGUUGUAAUCUUAUAACGGGAAACACAUCAGUGAAUUCUGACCACGUUCAAGACAUUUUCAUCUGCUUUAUUUUAUAUAAAUUAUUUUGCAGUUACACUUAAAGUUCACAACGUUUCCAGUUACACUGCAAAAAUGAUAGCAAGUGAAGAUCUGUUAAAUAAAUAAACAGUUCUCUAAUUUCUCCUGAUGAGAUUAUUCUGUAAUAAACGUGAGACUAUUAAACCUGUUGGGAGACGUAUUUACUAAGUUCAGUCUGAGUUCUAUUCCCAUUCUAUUGGCAGGUUUUUGAUUUUUGCUUCUUUCUGGAAAUAAAUGCUCAGCAUUAAGCAUGAAAUUAGUAUAUUGUCUCAAAAUGGGUUUAGUCAUCUUAUAUACUUGUCAACAAAUUUAAUUUAAUAAGAAAUUAGUUGAAGUUGCUUAUAGUCAUUAAAUUUUUGCAAUGUAGAUGACCCUACAUUGCAAAAUCUAAUGUAGGACUCUGAUUGUUACACUGUGAAAACUAUAUUUUAAUAAAUAUCCAAUAAAAUAUCUCGAAGACAGGAAAAGUUCAACUUGUAUAUAUCUGAGGUUUUUUUUUUUAAGUUUAAACAUGCAGUUUUUAAACGUAUAAUAAGCAUAUUUCUGCUGAUGUCAAGCUUGAAAUGUGUAUAUAUAACAGGGUUAGAUCUUAAGGUUUUUCUGCGCUAGCCAGCCGGGCUAGUGGCUUGCAAAUUGCACUAGCCCGCAGAGUGUUGCACUAGCCCGCUAUUUUAAGCCCAAUUCCUGUGACAAUUGAAAGAAUUUUAAAUACUAAACAAUGAACAAGUUGAAACAACAGACGCUCCCAAUUCAGUGUAACAAAACCAGUACUUUAUUCAAUCCAUUAUGGUUCUCAUAUGUGACUUUGUGUUUCAAACCAUAAUUGUCACUUUGAAGUAUAAAAGAGGUAGUCAUUGCUUACAGUUAAGUAGACUAGUACAUGUAGUAAUCUCGCAAAAUGGACUAGAACUGAAAUCAUUCAGUUGCCUUAGACUGGAAAAAAACAUAGCAAAUUCUUAUAGAAAUGGACUAGAACUGAAAUCAUAAACUUAUCUUGGACUAGAAAAGAACAUGACUAAUUCUUGUACAAGUAAACAUUCCAUACAAAAAAUAUUCAUUAAUUGUGCACAUACAUGUAGCAAUACUGUCAGGGUAACAAACAUAAAUGAGAUCUAAUGGCAACAUGGGAAGAUACAAGUACAUGAUGGCAGUCUACUGAGAGUUACAAGUAAAAUUAAUUUCUGUUUGUUAAGUACAAACCACAACACUUGAAGAAAUAUCACAAUUAUUUUCCCUUUAAGGGUGGGAUUAUUCACUAAGUGAAAGUAAGUCACCAGUUCAUUUUGCGUUCAUUUCAGUUCAUUUUGCAGAUUUUGCGUGAUUCAAGAUGGCCACACCCAUGUCAAGUUAUUGCACUAGCCAACACGGGCUAGUAGCAGAGAUUUUGCACUAGCCCGUGGCUAUCUGCACUAGCCACGGGCUAGCGGGCUAGUGUUAAGAUCUAACCCUGUAUAAUCGUUUUUUUAAUGUCUAGCAGAUGACUGAUUUAUUUUUCGCGUUUAUUUCUAGAAAGAAGCAACGUAAACAAUUAUAUACAAUAAUCUCAAUGAGGAAAAUUACAAUUCUUUCUUUACUUCAUCCCUUUUUUCUUUUUUCUCUUUCCAUUUUUCUUUCAUUCUGUAUUUUUUUUUACUUCAUUCUGUUUUUACUUCUUACUUUUUCUUAGUUCUUUCAUUUUUUCCUUCAUUCUGUAUUUUUUCUUUCUUUUUUUAGUUCAUCCCAUUUCCUUUUUCUCAUUCCAUUUUUCCUUCAUUCUGUAUUUUUUUUACUUCAUUGUUUUUUUCUGUUUUUCUUUCAUUCUGUAUUUUCCUUCUUUCUUUCUUUUUCUCUUUUUUGAUCCUUAGUUUGCUCUUAUUUUUGCAGUGUCUGAAGCCCUGACACCGGAGGCUCCUUCCAAAACAUGUUAAACAUCUCAAAACAAUAUCACUGAUUACUAAUGAUAAUUUAUUAUUAUUAUUUUUUUAUUAUUUUGGCCAUAUGAAGCUGAAGCUCCAGUCAGAGCUGCUGUUAUAGAAAAUUAAUCAACUCCUUCCUUCUAAACCAAUCAAAUUCGAGAAUUCGACAGCAUUCACAAACAUUUCUUGUUUGUGUUCAGUUAAUGUGAAUUUUCUGACAGUAUCGGGUCAAUGGUCAGUCCACCUGCCAUGUGGUUAUACUGUGUGUGUAACAUCAGUGCAUGGGUUCGCUCCCAGUCCCAGUGUGUUGGUGGGCAUGUGUUGGAACGGUGUUUCUACUGAGCAAAGCCUCAUCAGCGUUGUAGCAGGUGUAGCUUCUACACCACUAACCAUCCGGUUUUUCUGAGACGUCGUAAUAAUCAUCCUAAGUUUAAAUGUUGGUUCUGCCAGGGUUCGCUAACGUACUCUAUGUACAAUUGAGUGUUGACGUCUCUUACGGAUUUUAUAUCGAGAAGUUGUGUGUACCGUUUAAGUGCUUGUCCAAGUCUGAUUCUCAUUCCUGUCCAAGUUGGAUUUCACGGAUGAAGAACACAUCGGAGGUCAACCCUGCUGAGCUGCCUUUUUUUUUUUUAAAUAAAGAAAGGAUUCCUAUUUCAUUCAGACUUCAUCUCGUGCUCCGUAACAUGGAGUUAAUAAUCGUGCAUCGUCGACAGACUCCUUUGCCGGUUGCUCAGAUGAAGGUGGUGAACUGUAAAGGCUCGUGAUGGUGCUUCGGUGUUGUACGGCUGGAAUGUGCCGUGCCUGGUGUACCUGUUCAACUCCAGCCCUGCUUUCGUUUAUUUGUGCUCCUUCUCAUGAAUGUUAACUAAAUUAAACCCAUUUUCAAAACAA